GUAUACAAAAGUUUCUGUCAAAAAAAACGUCAAUAUAAAAAAUCGUUUUUACCGUAAAAAUUAAUUAUUUCUAAUAAAAAAUUGCUUUUAUUUAAAAAAAAGAAUGGAUUAUUCGUUUCAGCAAACUUUAACAGGAAAAUUCAACGCAAAUUUUGUAAUACCAAAAAAAAUCGAUGAAGAAUCUAACGAAAAGGCGUCAGAAGCUGCAGUUUUAGAGAACAUUUAUUCGUCCGAUUUGUACCAACAAUUAUAUUCGCAAAAUUAUUAUGUAAAUUAUCAACCGGUUGAAGCAACUCAAUCGGGCCAAAAACGAACUUGGGAGAUGGCUAAUUAUUUGCAGCCGACGCAAAGUUUGGUACGGACUUUAGGAAGUUCAUAUGAUGCAACAUUCCCUGUUGAAUUAUUAGCUUUAUUUCAACCUUUAUUUUGUAAAUUAUGUUCUGUGCAAUUCAGUAGCAAUGUUGUGGCUAAAACUCAUUAUGACUCAAAGAACCAUGACAAAAAAUUAAGAAAAUACCUGGUGGAAUAUAGUGAAAGAACAGGGGAACCCCUACAUAAAAAAGCCUCAAUGCCAAGGACCCAAAAAGAAGAAGAAUAUGACCCAAAAUACUUUCACUGCUCAGUUUGUGAUUUACCCCUAACAGGAAAAAUCCACGCGGAGUCUCAUUACAUGGGAAAAAACCAUCAAAAAGUGGUUCUUGGUAAAAAAGCCCCAGCCGGGAAAGGUUAUUACAACACAGAAGGAAAAUGGGUUCGAGUGUUAGAUACGAAACAACAAGAAAUUUUAGGGGAUGGAUUUGGAGUUGCGUUUCGAAAUCCCCAAGAUAAUAAAGUUAUCAUUGAAAAUAAUUCAUUGAGGUGCUCAAUUUGUAAUGUCUCAGUUACAUCUCAACCACAAUUAGAGAUGCACCUUCAAGGACAAAAACACAUGAAGAAAUUGAAAUCUUUAGCUAAUGGGAUUGUUACAGCUGGUCCUGAAGUCGCCACGGGGCAUUUACCCCACAUAGAAGUUAUUCCAACGAACCCCGAAGAUAUUUUGAGUGCUUAUAGAACACCGAGCGGGCAAUUUUAUUGCAAAACUUGUAAUAUAUCGCUUAAUUCUGAGGUGCAAUUCACUCAACAUUUAAAUAGUAAGAAGCAUUUAAAGAAAAAUGCUAAAGAAUGAAUUUAGUUAUUAUUUUUUUUGAGUUAAGUUUUUUUGUGUGUUAAUUAAUAAAUAAAUGUAUUAAAA